AUGAGCGUCCAUUGUCUCCUCGUGGCGGGAGGUAGCGUUCCUGGAAUAUUAGGAAGGUGGCGAUGUUUUCCAGUUCCGUUAGGGUCAUCCUUGGUCCAGGGUCUCCAUAAUUCCUGCUGUCGGAAAAAAUCCACCGCACCUAAGAAGAUUAUUCCCAGUGUUGCUCUUUGUGAUGAAAAUACAAAGAAAUCUGGAAAUGCACUUGACAAGCUCUUCUCUUCAGAGCAGCAGGCUUCCAUCCUGCAGGUGUUGAAUACAGCAUCUAAUAAAGAACUUGAAGCUUUCAAAUUGCUUCGUGGAAGAAAAUCCAUCAAUAUUAUAGAGCACAGAGAGAAGUUUGGGCCAUUUCAGAAUUUGGAGAGUUUAAUGAAUGUGCCCUUGUUUCAGUACAAAACUACCAUUCAAGUUUGUAACUCCAUUCUUUGUCCAGAGACUGAAGGGGAAAAAAGAAAGUUCCAAGACAACCGGCUCUUGAGAAAGCUCAUCAAACCAGAGAUAAAAAGAGAGAGACUUAAGGCAGUUAAUAGUAUCGUAUCCAUUGUUUUUGGAACUAGAAGAAUUGCCUGGGCUCACCUGGAUCGUAAAUUGGCCGUGCUAGACUGGCAGCAAAGUGAGUGUUGCCAGUUGAUGAAAGGAACAUACUUAUCAUCUGUCUAUUUACAAGAGAUUUCUUCAGUCGUUUCAAAGAUGCCUAACGCUGACCUCUAUGUUCUGGAAAAAAUAGGGCUUUCAAUUCAGAACUCCUCUCGGUUUCCUGUACUGUUACAUUUUCACAUCAUGGAAGCCAUGCUGUAUGCCUUAUUAAAUAAAACUUUUGUCCAGGACGGCCAGCACCGGGUACUGAGCAUGAAUCGAAAUGGAGUGGGGAAGCACUUUGAGCUGAUGAUUGGUGACACGCGGACUAGUGGAAAAGAACUAGUGAAGCAGUUCCUUUCAGAGUCCGUACUGAAGGAGGAGCCUCGGGUAGUCUUCCCAUCAGAGAAGAUCGUCCGCUACAGACAGAUGUUUUCGUCUACUGAAGAACAGAGAGCGGAAGAGUUAUAUGAUUCAUUGUUACAAGCCAUUGCCUUCUACGAAUUAGCAGUUUUUGAUACUGAACCUUAA